AUGUUUGACACGCUGGUACGUCGGGAUGCUCUGCUGACUGAAGGUCCUGACCUGAAAUGCGAACAGGAAGCUUGUGCUCGCCGCCUUCGUGACAAAGACAAACCGUUCGGCGGUAUCCAGCUGGUAUUCUGCGGCGACUUCUUCCAGUUGCCUCCAGUCCAGGACAAACCCAGCGAGCCAAUCAAGUUCGCCUUCGAGGCGGCUUCGUGGAAAAGUUGCAUGGGCCCGCCCAUUGUGCUGGAUGAGGUAUUCAGGCAGAAGGAGCAGCCCCUCGUCGACAUGCUCAACGAGGCGCGCUUCGGGAAGCUGAAGCGAGAGACCAUCCAGGCGUUCCGCCAACUCUCGCGCCCCGUGCAAUAUACGGACGACAUCGAGCCGACGCGCUUGUUUGCCACCAACGCGGAAGUCGACGCCGCCAACCUGAUCCGCCUGCGAAAGCUACCAGGACCCGGCACAGUCUUCUCCUCGACGGACACGGCAGGCUUGGACGGCAAUGGCGAGCCCCUUUCCGAGAAAUUAAUGCUCAGCUCGCUCAGGAGGAACACCAUCGCCCCGAAGGAUAUCGAGCUACGCGUAUGUGGCGGCGCCUUCCACGGCGCGACCGCCUCCUGA